GUUGCCGAAGGAAAAGCAACAAAUCUCUUAACAACAACGCAAAGUCAUACACAGUCACAGUUAAACCCCAUUACACAAUCCAAGAAUCAUGGCGGACAAGUUGCGCACCCAGCAGGAGCUAGAGCGAUUGCAGGCCAAGUACGUCGGAACCGGUCACCCGGACACGACUUCGUGGGAAUGGAGAACCAACGUUUCGCGCGACACCUACUCGAGCAUCGUCGGCCACCCUCCUCAUCUAGCUUAUAUAUCGCUUGCCCAGAACGAACCUGCCGCCAAAGUCCGAGCUCAGCUUCUACGCAAGAUGAUACAGCCCUCUGGCCCUCCUCCCCCGCGAGAAGGCGAAGAGCCUAUACAAAGAAUGACUGAAUAGUUGGAGCCUUGACAGGAAGCCGCCGCAUUGAAUUAUUCUAAAUAAUCCUCGGGCUGAUCAAGAUGGGGGGAAUUUUACGUGAGAUCAG